AUGGAAAGUUUCCAACAGAACAGAAAACAGAGAACACAGAACACAGAGAACAGAGAACACAGAACACAGAACACAGAACACAGAAAACAGAACAGAGAACAGAGAACAGAGAACACAGAACAGAGAACAGAGAACAGUGAAAACAGAACAGAGAACAGAGAACAGAUAACACAGAUAACAGAACACAGAACACAGAACAGAGAACAGAGAACAGAGAACAGAGAACAGAGAACACAGAACACAGAAAACAGAACAGAGAACAGAGAACACAGAACACAGAAAACAGAACAGAGAACAGAGAACAGAGAACACAGAACACAGAAAACAGAACAGAGAACAGAGAACAGAGAACACAGAAAACAGAGAAGAACAGAGACCAAAGAACAGAGAACAGUGAAAACAGAACAGAGAACAGAGAACAAUGAAAACAGAACAGAACAGAACAGUACAGAAAACAGAACAGAGAACACAGAACACAGAAAACAGAGAAGAACAGAGAACACAGAACAGAGAACAGUGAAAACAGAAAGAGAACAGAGAACAGUGAAAACAGAACAGAGAACAGAGAACAGAGAACAGUGA